CUCUCUCUCUCUCUCUCUCUCUCUCUCUCUCUCUCUCUCUCUCUGUGUUGCGCGUUUCCAUUGAAGAGAGACUCAAAGGAUUGGUUUCCUAGUUGAAAGCUCGAGACAUAUACACAACAGGGAACUUCUCGUCUCCUAUAGGAAUGGAUUCCUCUCGCAGUUCUCUGGUACUCUCUCUCAUCGAAACGGAUUCCUCUCGCAGUUGUCUGAAAGUAUGGUCACAGAUGAUAUGCCGCCCGGUAUGUGCCGUGGUAGGACCAUUCAUGGGCUUUAUUGAAGCCCUAAUACUCAGCAUAGCUCAAUGCUUUGGUCACGGACGUCCACGCAACUGCUUUUAUUACUCAUUUGAUGACGUCGUCCGUCUCGCUAGCACAACUCCAUUUACUGUCAAUGAAAUCGAGGCAUUGCGCGAGUUGUAUAAAAAGUUGAGUAGUCUUAUGAUUGACGAUGGUCUCAUACACAAGGAAGAACUCCAAUUGGCAAUAUUCACAACUCCAGGGGGCAAGAAUCUUUUUCUGGACAGAGUAUUUGAUCUUUUUGAUGAAAAGAAAGAUGGGGUCAUUGAAUUUGAGGAGUUUGUUCGUGCACUUAGUGUUUUCCAUCCACGUGCUCCUGUGGAGGACAAAACUGAUUUUGCAUUUAGGUUGUAUGAUUUGAGACAGACUGGAUAUAUCGAAAAGGAAGAAGUUAGACAAAUGGUAGUUGCCAUUCUUUCUGAAUCUGGUAUACAGAUGUCAAAUGAAAAUCUUGAAGCUAUGAUUGAUAAGACAUUCGUUGAUGCUGAUACUGAUCUGGAUGGCAAGAUUAGCAAAGAAGACUGGAAGGCUUUUGUUGUUCGGCACCCGACACUUCUGAAGAACAUGACACUUAAUUAUUUAAAGGACAUCACGGCCAUGUUUCCAAGUUUUAUUUACAACACUGAAGUUGAUGACUGAGCAUUUUGGCAACACUGAAGUGAGGCUAAAUGUUGAAAAUGAAUAGAAAAGCUCUGCUGCAUCAGGGAGCGUUUUAAUAUUCCAGAAUGAGUUGGGACUGUCUUGGCGAAUGCCGCCUCAAGGGUUGCUCACUACCCAUUGACACAUACAUGAGGCUGCCCAAACCCACUACUUCUUAUCUAAGAUUUAUCCCUUCUUUCUACUGGAAACCUCAUUUGCAAGAAACAUUCCCUAGUCUUUCAUGUACAUAGAUGGAAAUACUCCUACUGUUUAGCAAGUGACCUGUAAGCAUAGUUUUGUUUUUGCUUUUCUGGGUUACAUCUUUCGAUGUGUCAAAGGACUUUUGCCAUCGCCUCCUCCUCUAUCCUUCCCCCACCCUUGUUUUUAUCAUAGCCUCAAUUGACUCUCUUUCUCUCUC